CUUCAAAGUAAAUAAGAAAUUAAGUUUGUUGCUGUUGUUAUAAACAAGUUUUUCAUUACUGUGCAAGAGAAAUAAUUGUGAUGCAGGCACUGCUCAUAAUGUUUUGGUAGUGACAACAAGUAGGAAACUCUAAGAUUGGUUUUAUGGAUGAGAUAGCUACUGCAUUACGAGAUGAGUAAUGGAAAGAGCUGAAUACAUGAAAAGUCUGUAUUGUUUGUGCUGUACACCUUAUACUGCUGGUUAAGAGCUGUUGUUGGAAGCAGCUUGCAAAAUGGAAAUGGUAGACAAAAGAUCCUUAAUUUUUAACAGCUAUAAAGACACUUUUUAGACAUGAUUUAAAAGCAAAGUGUGGGCAGUGGGCAGUAGCAACUAAACCUCUCUUCCGUCAGCGCUCUGUCCUGAUAAGGGCUCUGUCCUGAUAAUCAUCCUCUUUGCCAUAGCCAUUAACCCUAUUAUUGCCUGUCUCCCGCCAGCAUCUCUAGCUCCCAUUUCAUCAGUGAUUUUGCAAUCUAUUGCACUCCUUCACAGACUCCUUCAUUACUGGUGGAGCAUCAACAGUGGCUUUCGUUUUUCCACUGACAAAGCAGUUAGUAUGAAUUUCCGGUGGUGCAAUGGGUUUUUUCCACUGUCUUUCCAUGUUGGACCCGUUGCUCUUCCAUUUGCUGAAACUAUGAAAUUCCGGGGGUCAUGCUCGAUAGAAAACUUCCUUGGUCCUCCCACAUAUCUCACCUGGUCCCUUAGUGUCCUACAUGCCCUAAGUGGUAUUUCAUGGGGAGUGGAUCAGACCACCUUCCUCUAUUUUUACCGAUCCCUUGUCUGUUGGAAGUUAGACUAAAUGCUUUAUUUAUUCAUGUACAUGUCCGUCCAUCUUAUGAAGUCUAAAUACAAUCCACCAUUGUGGAAUCCGUUUGGCCACUGGCGCCUUUUAUGCUGGCCGGGUUGAGAGUCUAUGCAGAAGUUGCCGAACUACCAGUCAUACUGACAUGUUCUCCUCUUCUCGGUUACCUCCUGGAGUUAAUUUCCGAGUAUUUCUCAGGCAGCUUAAUGUCGUGCUAGCUGCCACUUUCCCAAUGGAUGUGAACCUCUCACAACUUUGGCUUUGUGCGGCGGCCGGUGUUCACUUUGGACUUCAUUUGCUUCUUUUGGAAACUACUCUAGAUGCGAUAUAUUGCUGUAAAUUUCUUGACAUUUGCACGGAUCUUAGGAAUAAUAGCUUUUUGUACACUGAUGGCAGUAGGUCUGAUGGUGGUGUAGGGUGUGCCUUCAUCAUUGGCUCAGACGAUUUUUGUUAUUGGUUUCCGGAACACAGUUCCGAUUCUGUGCCCUUCAAAGCUUGUUUGUGCUGUACAUACCGUAUUUACUCGAAUCUAAGCUGCACUUUUUUUCCGGUUUUUGUAAUCCAAAAAACCGCCUGCGGCUUAGAAUCGAGUGCAAAGCAAGCGGAAGUUCUGAAAAAUGUUGGUAGGUGCCGCCACAACUAACUUCUGCCGUCGAAUAUAUGUAGCGCUACACAAGCAUGCUUUGUGGGCACAAAGAUAAAU